AAUGGAAACUAAUAGAUGGUGUAUUCCAAUUUUUGAAGAUCCUACUCAAUCAAUUGAUAUUACUGAAAAAAAUUUAAAAGUUCAAAUUAGUUUUCUAUUUCAUUGUUACUACAAUGCCUACUAUAGCAGAUUUCAUGUAACUUUUGAUUCUGCUAUCUGUAAACAAUUCUUUAACUAUCAAUUAUUAGGAGCAUGUUGUAUUAAAGAGGCAUUAGCUGACCCUUCAGACAAUGUAGAAGAGCUAAAACUAGACUUAAAAAAUUAUAGAUUCUUAAAAGAUUUAAUGAAAACAGUUAAAGAGGAAGAUGCUUUUAAAAAUAUUUUAGACUUUUAUGAAAAGAAAGUGUUAAAUAUAAAUAAAAAAAAUUUGGAAAUCAUUGGAGAAAGAAGUGAUAAAGUAUUCAGCAACUGGAAAAAAAAGUUACUUAAGUUCUAUAAUGACUGCCAUGCUCCAACUCCAACUAAAGAAACAACAGCAACAACAACCAACCCUAUCCCUCAAUCAUCUGCAACUGAAAAUGAAUUGGAAAAUGAAACAACAACUCCAGCAGAAAACACAGACAUCAUUGUACCUGCACAGCCAACUGCUAGUACUGCAAGAAGAUUCUCAGAAGAAACAACGAUUAUUCAACAUAGACAACAAUCUGGAAUUGAAACUGUUACACCACAACUAUUUGAAUCAGGAGAAGAAUAUUUUCAAGAACAAGAAAUGGCUAUAUCAGCACUGCAGUCAGAAUUGGAACCACUUACAACAGAAAUUGAAUCUGCACAACCAACAACUGGAUUGGAAUCUGCACCACAAUCAACUGGAAUUGAACCUGCACCACCAACAACUGGAUUAGAAUCUGAGUUACCAUCUACAAAUUGUGAAAAUAUUGAGGAAAUGCAUAUGGAAAUCUACAAUCAGAUGGGUCUUGGAGAGAAUUUGGAAGUUGGAGAAAUGAUGCAGUUGGAUGAGGAUGUCCAGAAUGAUGAUGCUGUAACCACUCCUAAUGCUAAUUUUUUAAGAGUUCCUUAG